GAAUGUUAGUUUGUCAUUGAUUACUAUCGAGUUAGGACAAAAUUAUUUCUCCAAAUCCCCGUAAAAGAAAAUAUUCGUCAAAAAUCUUCACUGACAAUUGGAAAAAUUUAAUCGAAUUUUUAAAAAAACAACUAUCAAGAUUUAAAGAUUUCAUCAUCAUGAAGAAUUUAGGAAUAUUUUUAAUUUUUGCCGUUUUAUUCGUCAGUGUGAAAUCAGUUCCAUGGAAUCAGUGGUCUUGGAAUAAUGAUUUUUCACGUGAUUUUAAUAAAUCAAUGGAAAUGGAAGGAUUUGACAGUCAAAUGGAACAAAUGGAUAAAAUGGCAAAAGAAAUGACAGAGCAAGCGAAAUUACAAAUAGAGGAGGCGACUAUCGAAGUAGAAAAGGCGAAAGUACAAGUAGAGAAGACAAAAAAAUUGACUCAUGAAUUAAAAAAUGUGAUAUUAGAAAAAGGAAAAAUUUUGGAAAUUGCAGAACAAAUUGAAAAUGGAAAUCCUCCCGCCGAUGUUGAUUCGAAGACAACUUUUUUAACAACGAAUGUCAAAGGCGAGCCACGCACAAAUAAAAUUACAAUUUUCUCAUUUGGAAAUUCUGCGGAAGGUUCUGUAAAUACAGUUCAAACUACUUAUGAAGGAUCAAAAAAAGUACAUUCGUCAGUAACUAUUUAUGCUUGGAAUGCCAACGGAAGUAUAACAACUACAUUUUAUUAGGAUGAAGCAGAAUCAGCAAAAAAAAUUAAACUAAAUUAAAAUCUUUUGUUUUGACAAAUAUUUCAAUGAAAAUUUAUGAUUUUAGUUAAAUUUUAGUUAAAACACGUACCGAAGACAGAAUUUUUCGAAGGAUAUCAAAAUUGAGAGAAAAAAAAGUAUCAAAACGUUGCUUCGCAACACUUUUGAUACUUUUUUUUGUCUCAAUUUUGAUAUCCUUCGAAAAAUUGUGGAAAACUAUCUGAGAAGCAAAUAAAUUUAUGUUUGUCUUGUUUUUACUUUCAUUAAAAGUUUCUGUUUAAUUUAAAACUAAAAUUAGUUUUCAUGCAGAUUAUAGAUUAGAUUCAUAUUAGAUUCAUUAGAAAUAGAAUGAUUAGAUAUUUAAUUAAAAUAUAAUAUGUUCAUCGAAAUAUUUGUUGAAUAAACGAUGUUGUUAUAAUGUUUA